AUGUCUGGUUCUCGUUCUUCGGGAUAUUCUAAAGAAGAAGAUAAGUUCUUAUGUGAAGUCUAUCUAAAAAUUUCUCAAGAUCCAAUCACUGGUCAUUAUCAAUCAUCCGAUCAUUUCUGGGAUCGUGUGGUGAAAGCUUUUGAGGAUGGAAAAAAUAGGACUUGGAGUAAACGUUCGAAAAAAUCUCUCCAAUGUCGAUUUCAGAAUAUCGAGAGAGCAACAAAAAAACUACAUGCAUGCAUAAGACAAUGUGAAAAUAGUUGUCAAAGUGGUGUUUCAAGUGAUGAUAUCUUCAAUCAAGCGAAAGAAAUGCUAAUGCAAGAUUCAAGAUUCAAAUCUGGUUGGAAAUUUGAUCAUGUAUGGAACAUUAUUAAAGACUUUGAAAAGUUUAAAAAUGGUGUCACCUCUGCUAGAAAGAUACAAAAUCCAUGUGAUUUGAGACAUACAUCUUCAGAGUCAGAAAAUACUAUCCAUGAUUCCAUUCCCUCGGUGUCUCCAGGUUUGUCUUCAUUUGAUCUUAAUUUAGAUGAAGAAGAUGACAUAAUUGGCAGAUCUCCGCCUCAACAACCAAGUGGGGUGAAAAAAUCUAAACUAAAAAGAAAAAACUAUGAUGAAACAUCGAAUGCUAUCAAGACUUUAGAUGGAGGAAAUAAACAACUUUUGGAGCAACUAAAGAAGAUAAGCGAACAAAGACAACAAUAUUUGGAGCUUCAAUGUGAACAUUUAGCAUUGAAAAAACUUAGAACAGAAAACAAAAUUUUAUGUCAAAACUUAAGUUCUAUUGAAGAUCCAAAUAUUCGUGCCUAUAUUCAAUCUGAGCAAGCAAAAAUCUUAAAGAAAAGGGUUGAUUAA